AUGGGAGAAGCCAGAAUUUCAGUGCGACAGGACCAGUUCACCUGCCCAGUGUGUCCGAAUCUACUGAAGAAUCCAGUGACCAUUCCCUGUGGACACAGUUACUGUAUGAGCUGUAUUACAGGCUGCUGGAAUCAGGAGGAUCAGAGGGGAGUUUGUAGCUGCCCUCAGUGCAGACAGACCUUCAGUCCAAGACCUGCUUUAGGCAAAAGCACCAUCUUGGGUGAAAUGGUAGAGAAACUGAAGAAGACUAAAUUACAAGCUGCUGUUCCUGCUGAUGCUGGAGAUAUGGAGUGUGUUGUUUGCACUGGAAGAAAACACAAAGCUGUGAAGUCCUGUCUGGUGUGUCUGGAAUCUUAUUGUCAGACUCAUUUUGAUCGACAUGAAGAAUUUUGCUCGGGUAACCCACACAAAGUGAUUGAUGCAACUGGACAACUGCAGCAGAUGUUCUGUCCUCAACAUCAUAAGCAACUGGAAAUAUAUUGCCAGACUGACAACUGCUGUAUUUGUUACUUGUGUACAAUGGAUGAACAUAAAAACCAUAACAGCUAUAGCAGAAAGGACAAGGAGACAGGUAAACAGAAAAACCUGGAGCAAAAACAAAGAAACUUAAAGCAGAAAAUCCAGAUGAUCAAGGCAGAUCUUCAGCAGCUGAGAGCUGAGAGUUACUUCUUGCAGCACGCUGCACAGAAAGCAGUAGAGGACAGUCAGAGGAACUUUACUGAACUGAUGCGUCUAAUGGAGAGAAGCCGAUCUGAGGUCACACAGCUGAUCAGAGAUCAUGAAAAAGCUGCAGUGAGCCAAGCUGAAGAAAACAUGAAGGAAUUGGAGCAGGAGAUUGAUGAUCUGAAGAGGAGAGACACUGAUCUGGAGCUGCUUUCGCAAACAGAGGAUCUCAUCCAUUUCCUGCUGGUAACAGAGCUUUUGAGAAAAAAAACCAGGACUGGACAGAUUCAAGAAGCAGACACUCCGCAUCGCUGA